UUUUCUUUGUUUUUCGGACACUCGAUCAGCUCACUGAGGACAUUCAAACAUCCGGACUGGACUCACAGACUGCAGCCAAUCAGCUCCCGCCGCUCAGUCCUGUAUCCGGGCGAGUUUCAGAUGAUCCGCCCUCCUCCGGGCUCUCCGAUUGGCUCACGGGGAGCCGACAGGGGAGGGACAGGGGAUGUGGAGACUCCGCCUCUCUUCUGAUGUCAUCACUGAGCAGCUGAACUAAAGGAAACUUCACUGUUUAGCGACAACACUAGAAUUUGUAAAAGAGAAAACAAAGAACCUCCGUGUGAGGAGAGAAACAUUCAGUCGCCUCUAGGAUCCUUUAACUUCCAACACUGGAACCUGAUCAUGAGAAAGCACCUUGGGAUUUGAACUGACAGUGACUUUAAAUGUUCAACGAGUACACAAUAACACUGGAGGCCUUUCUCAACACAGGGUACAUCAAGUCUGAACCUGACCUCUCAGCAGUGCGCAGUACGAUCAAUUCUGCACCGGUUCAACAGAAAUUUCUCAACCCAGAGUCCAUUUAGUAACUUUACUGGAACCUUCAGCCGUGUUCGACGGGAGAGAUGUGGUAACACUGGUACAUAAACAUCCACAGAGGGAGCUCUGUUGUUAAACCGCCCAAUAAAAACACAGGAUUAACUUCACCUUCUACGAUGGGGGAUUAGAGCCACUGUUAGGACAAACAUCUGAGAGUGAGAAAACUGUUACAUCCAGAAUAAAGUCAGCACGACCAGAAAAACGUUGCCUCGAGAACAAAAUGCCACGCGUCACGAUUAGACUGGGAUGCUUUAUUAACGCCGCUCGGACAUAUUCGAAAAAAGGCGAGAUUCAUCUACGCUUCAUCGUAAAUGUACAGGACGCUGCCGAGGUUUCAUUCGGUUUCGUGCUUUCGUGACUUUAUGUUUUAAAUGUAAAGUUUCAGUGGCCCUAAUAAUCCAUCGUAUCGGACAAACCACUUCGGCUCCAGAGAUCUUCCAAAGUUAUUCUGUCUUCUGUUCCGCAGAAACGUCGGAUCCGGCUGAGGAGAUCGUGUUGUUCCACAAGAACACGAGAACCGAUCGGAACGCAGAUUGGGAAAGGCCUGGACACCGCUCGGUCUUAGAUCCCAACAUGUCUCCCAGCUCAGCGCUGAUGUCGGACACCCAAAGAUCUGGGAGACAUUCUGGGAUUUUGUGAAGCUGAGAGCUAAACUGAGAGCAGGGAUCGUAUCUUUAACACAAACGAAACAGGUGAGGUCAAAAAAACCUCGGCACCAAAUUGUCGAUCGGUUGACAAAACGAUCCACCACCAGCUGUUGUGGGGCUUUCAGCAUCAGGUAACACUACAGAGUCUUCAGAGGGAAAAGAGAAAAAUUCUCCGCACUGUUUACGUCUGCUCACUAUCGACAACGUCGACGUCUAAAUUUGACCCGAACCAGAUUUUAUCAUCCACAGUUGUGUGAUAACUGCACACAUCCUCUGCUGAUGACACCAUCAGAAUCUCCGGAACUGAAUGGACCUUGUGCUGAGAUUAUUUUGUAAACACUUCCAAAUGAUUUAGCGCCGAGUCGGAUCCGUCAGCUUUCAUGUAAAUCUGAAUUGACACGAACGGUCGUUUUUAGGCGGAGACUUUUAAUUACUGUAAUUCUAAUGCGUUUUCAUUGGUUUAGAGCCAGAUCACCUGCUUUUCUGAGAAAUCUUGAGGCGCGUCUAAAUAAUUGUUCCCAUAUCAGAAUCGGGCAACUGAAGGCCAGGGUCUCCUUGAAAUGAACUAGUUUGACGACCACGUCUAAAGUCAAAAGUGUUUAUAGCUGUUACCGAUGGACAGACGGGGUGAGGAUCAAACCCCGCCUACGUUCACACCUUCGCGCACCUGACCAUUCACCGAAUAAAGUGGCCGAGGUCGUGGUUGUCCGAAAGCUGAAAACAAAAGUCUGACGUCAGAAUGGAGGUUUCACAUGCCACCAAGCUCUUUGUUUGAAGCCUGGCGCGCCAACGGUUAUUAGCCUCGGGUCUCGGGUCGGGUUCGGAUCUUAAAGAUGCUGGUUCAGGCUGAGUUCUCAUGCAGAAAUUCAAAUCUACGACAGCCUUGAAUCGAAAACACACAAACCCAAAAAAUGCUAUUCACGCUCCUCCUCUUGUUUCUUUCUUUUUAAAGUACCGAGUCACGAUUUAAGGAAGAAAGGGCUCGACUACAAGAGCAGUUACAGAUAAAUUAGGGCAGAGUUUGUCUGUGCAACGGUAAAACUUGAUUAUGGCUCAUGCCUGGCUUUUACUUUUGUUUUCAAUUUUGUUUGCCAAGGAUUUGUCAAGAAAUUGUUCUAGAAUUCACUGCCCUGUGUAACGGAGAGCAGGAACAGCAAACCUCCACAUUGGUAGGAAAAACAGGAUCCUGGAGGCGACCGCCGCACUGACUAUUGUGGCAGUAUUACCAAAAAAAAAACCAGAAGAAGAAGGGGGAGGCUUACCGUGACGACUACUGAACUACAACGUUACCUUGGUGACGUCAAAGAUCCUGACGUUUCACUGGAACAAGCUGGUGUUUGGAUGGACUGGAGAUUUAUUGACUCAGACACCGGUUCUGAGCGAGUCCUGUCCCAGCAGAGACUGGGAAAACUGGGGACACUGGAGCUUGGACCUGAGAACCCUGUGGGGACACUUCCAUGAUGUCAAAACAGCGAAGGGGAGGAGGGGGGACACACAUAAUAAUUACAACUGCACACUGAAGGACUGGAGACCUGCUGAGAACUGAAAGAUGAAAUGUUAUUUUUGGUGUGGGGGAACAGUGAAGUAGUAAUCUGUCAUCUUUGGUGCAAAGCGGCCAUUUUUGUGCAGUAACCUGUUAAUAAAACAGUGUGGGCGGGGCUUACGUUUGUCCGCAGGUGGAGCUUCUUUCUGUCUCUGUUCUCGUAAAGCCAGCAGGGCUGGACGUCAAACCUCAGCUCUCUCCUGCUACAGACCGAAACGUGUCUGUAGCAAAGUAAAGUAUCAAAACUAGUUCCAGCCCUGGCAGUUGGCAUCAAAUGUCUCAUCAGGUUUCUCUUCGAUCAGAUUUUUCCCUCGUUGAAAUCAUUUCUCCACGUUUAGACUGAAUUUUAUUCAAAGUUGUUGCACUUUGGCUUCUUCUGUUCAGUGGGGGGGGGUUUUGGAGAAAAGCAUGAAUCAAACUAAAGCAUCGAAAAGAAUUUCACAGGAGAACCAGCCUCGGUUGCCAGAACGCUAUCACAUCAGACUCACAAAGUAUUGGACGCAUUAAAACCUUUGUCCUGAUGAUGGCGCUAGAGGAAAAGCCAGCAUCAGCAGUUAUUCGUCCGUUUGUCCUGAAGGGAGCAUGCAGUGGUUGUGGAGGUUUCAAAGUGUCCCACCUUAAUGUCUUCUGCUGCUGACACAGUUUUGCUGUUAGCCGUUAGCAUCAACACACACUAACAUAGGAACUGACUAAGAACUGGGAGCUAAACACACACACUACCUGGUACAGGUGACAGUAAGUCUUCAACCAGCGGGUUUCUCUCUGUCUGAACCACGUCGUGGACAUGUUGACUCUCUACAGACUCCUCCAGGGUUCACACCACCAUGCUGGACUGACUCUGACCGGCCUGCAGCUUCGUCCUCCGGUCUGCUCACCUCUGCAGCCCGCCCCUCCGCACCUGCUCUGUCUCAGAGGCUGCCAGUUGCAUCAUGCGAAGGUCGGUCGGGAGGCUGAUGACCUUUACAGGAAACCCUGCAUUUACUCACCAACUGGUUUUCGUGCUUCAGGAGGACUUGACUUGACUUGCACUCCCGGCCUGCAGACCGACCCGGACAUCGACCACAGAUGCCACACAUCGGAGCCCCAGACAAGCCAUGAGGCAACGCUAAUCUGGUCUGAAGAUCGAAUGCGUCGCCGUAUUGGAACCUGCUGUUUGUCUGCACAAACAAACGGACGCGGUCUCGGCAGCAGCGGGAGGAUGGGGGUUCUGCGGGUUCUGGUUCUGCUGCUGGUUUCCGUGGAGUGUUCAGAGUGUGUGCGGUGUUUUGCACGUUUCAACCUGACCUCGGGUCAGUGUGAUGAAGAGAUCGGUGAGGUGGACGAAGACGACUGCUGCCAGAACCUUGAGUACGGUUACCAGGCAACAGAUGGAGUGUGUCAGUCCUGUGGUCAUCUGGUGUUGUCGCCAUGGUCGCCAUGGUCCCAGUGUAACGUCCUGUGUGGGGAGGGAGUGAGGCAGAGAACCAGGACGUGUUUCGGCAUCGGCCAAUCGGAGUGUACCAACAGUAACCUCAAUCUGCAGAUGGAACCAUGCAGCGGCACCUGCUGCAACACGAAGGGGUGGGGCUUGUGGGUCAACUGGUCGCCCUGCUCGGUCACCUGUGGAGAGGGUGGAGUCAGGAAGAGAACGAGAGGCUGCUCCAGUCCUCCUGAGUGUCGCUCGACCUGCAGCGGUCCUUCAGAGGAGACAAAGAACUGUCCAACACUCAGCGUCUGUCCAGUCCACGGUGGUUGGUCCGGUUGGUCCGGUUGGUCUGAGUGUUCUGGUUCGUGUAUAGACGACCAGCGUAGUGAUGUCAUUGUCCCCACCAAAGUGCGAUAUCAUUUCUGCUCUAACCCCGCCCCCUCCAAUGACACGGUACCACCUGGUAAUGGCUGCCCUGGAGACAACUACCAGGUCAGCAGCUGCAGUGACCUUCCCAACUGUCCAGUGGACGGCAGCUGGGGGGCGUGGUCUCCGCCUGGGGCGUGCUCUGUCUCCUGUGGGGAGGGACUUCGUAUGUCCGUCAGGACCUGUAAUAAGCCUGCUCCGAAAUAUGGUGGUCGAUUUUGUGAGGGACCGAGCGCUCGGAGCAGCGUCUGUCAGAGUCCCUGUCCAGUUGACGGGUUCUGGUCCGGUUGGUCCGGCUGGAGCGAGUGUUCCUCUUCCUGUAUCCCACAAGGCCAAGCUUCCCUCAGGACUCGCCAGCGCUCCUGUUCUAACCCCGCCCCCUCAUCCAGCCCACCCGGGAGGGGUUGCCAAGGUGACGGUCGCCAGACAGAGAACUGCAACCACCUACCUCCGUGCCCAGUGGAUGGAGGAUGGGGGUCUUGGUCUCCCUUCUCUUCCUGUCCUGUUACCUGUGGGGUGGGCCUUCGGGUUUCAGUCAGGAGAUGCGACAGCCCUGCCCCUAGACAUGGCGGCCGACCGUGCCCUGGAGAGGGACGUCGAACCAGCGUCUGUACAACCAAUGUCCACUGCCCAGUGGACGGAGUGUGGUCGGAGUGGUCGCCGUGGAACCCGUGUAAAUACCCGUUUGGUGGGCGGGAAAUCCGCUGCAAGCAGCUCGGCGGCAGCCAGACUCGAGAGCGUCAGUGUCUCUACCGAGCCCACAACGGAUCCAUCUGCAGCGGAGACACCCUGACGGACCGACGGGUCUGCUAUGAUGUCAGCAACUGUUACCUGAAGGGAAGCUGGGAAGGCUGGGAGCCGUGGAGUUUGUGUAAUCCGUCCUGUGGAGGAAACUCCAGACGCUUCAGGAAGAGACAUUGUAAACCUCAAUACAGCAACUACAGUCCUACCAUCGGACGUCUGAAGGAGAAGGCGACGUUCUUUGGGACUCCACGUGUCGACUGUGGCUUAGCACCCGACGGUGGGGAAAAGAUUCAGAUCCAGCCCUGUGUCAACGCCCCCGCCUGCCCCACUCACCCAUGAGUUUAACCACACCGACGUACGCAAAAUAGCAUUAGAAUCCAACAGUCCUCUAAUCAGUUCUCCUUCAUGAAGAUUGUUAUGUUGGUGAGAUGUUGAUGAAACUGUAGGAUCGUUUUGGAAGAUGCAGUGUGCGCUGCUGUUGAAAUGCAGUGGUGGAAGACGAACUCAGUUUCUUUACAUGAGUAGAGUUACCAAUAUAUUGAUUUAAAAAUGUGCCAUUACAAGUGAAAGUCCUGCGUUUAAAGUGCUGCUCCGGUAAAAGUCCAGAAAUAUCAUCAGCUUCAUGUAGUUUAAGCAUCAGCAAUAGCGGUUGGUUGUGCAGCGUUUUACUGUCGGAGCUGCUCCAGGUGGAGCUGCUUUCAGCUACGUCAUAGACAGGGAGAGGGUUCAGUCCACGGGUUCCCAACCCGGGGGUCGGGCCCCUCCAGAGGGUCACCAGGCGAAAUAAAAGUGGUCGUCAGAUGAAUCAUGGGAGAGGGAAGAAGAAGAAAGACAGUUCUGAUCCACUGAUCUGCAUUCAGUUUUAGAGAAAUAUUGAAGAGUUUUUCCUCAUUUCGUUUUGAACAGUUAUUAAACAUUUAUAGAGGGGAAUUGUCUAUUAGGUGAAAAUGCUUUUAUGAUUUUACAUAAGAAACCCCAAAACAAAAAGGUCGGAAAUCGCUAGUUUAAUCUUUAAUAAUCUGUCGCAGUACAUGAACUCACUGUAUGUUUUUAUGUAAAGUCUUAAACUAAACAGUAACCAGUGGAAAAAAAUGUUAUAUUAAAAUAUUUUUCUCAAAAUUUUACUGAAGUACAGUACUUGAGUACUGUUACUUUCCACCACUUCUGAAAUGUACUGCACUAUACUGACAGGUGUUUCUAAUAUUUUGUCCACCCCAUUUAAAUCAGUAAAGACUGGCAGUAAUUAAGAAACAGGCAACAAAUGAAUUAAACAGCAUCACUCACCAGUUAAUGUUUUGCCGAUGAAAAAUAAAAACCGUCAAGUCGCUGAUCUCAGAACUGGAGCGUGCUCAGUUACCUGUUACCAUAGCAACACCAACAAACAACAGCUUUUAUCUCUGGUUGACCUGCUUCAAGUUUGACUUCUGGCAUUUCUAGUAUAAACUCACUGUUUGUCCUCCUUCUUGACUAUUAAAGCUGUUUAUCAUCAGAGUCUGUGUAGAUUCAUCUCAGUUGUCCAGGAAGUCAAUGACACUUUAAAAUAAUACCCUCCACAGGGCUUUUAUUGUGAAGUUAAUGUUCCUGUGGAUGAUGUUUGGUGACAUAAAACUCUGCUGCAACACUAAAAAAAGUUUGUCCCCUGCCGGCUGCAAGUAACAAUCCCAGGUUCAUUAAAAUCUAAUGCUCCAACGUUUACUUUGAGCUGCUGUAAAGGCAGAUCGAUCCCCAGGGUGUCGAUACCGAUGCGACGUGUUGUUUUGAGUAUGGAUAGGCCCUGUACUAUUCAACUGGAUCAAUACCAGGAAAUGAUCAUGUUAGAUCACAUCCGGGACACAUGAACUCUCUUCUUAGUGCUGCAGUAAUUAUUAUAUUUAGAUUCUCUCCUGCUGUUUGUGUGCUGUGACCUCUUUAAUUCAGAGAAUUAACCUAAUAAACAUUUGUUAUUCAAA